AUGACAAGGUAUGAAGAGAAACUCAAAGACUCUAAAUUUAAAAAACCUGUCUGGAAGCAAGUGGAAAAAGAAAUGAGUAUACCUGCUGAAAAGUGCGAAGACAAAGCGAAAAGUUUGAAGAGGUCCUACCGGAACCAUGUCCAGGCUUGCAAAAAGACAGGCAACUCAACGAGUCACUUCAAAUGGGCUACAGAAAUGCAGGUCCUUAUGGGAAGUGACCCCACUGUGAAGCCAGCACACAUGUGAAGUGAACUAAAUGAAGUGAACAACCUGGGUAACUCAUCUGGUGAUGAAUUAACCAAUGGGCCUAAACUAACGACAAGAAAAAAGAAAACCAGGAGCCAUGGGUUGAUGCAUCAAAAGUUAAGUCAGAUGAUGGAUUACAUGGAAGAAAGGGAUCACCAGUUCCUUUCUUUCAUGAAAUCUGUCGACGAAGACAACAAAAACUUGAUGCAACAACUUAUUGACAAAUUGUGAGGAUAGAAACAUGUUCAUGUUAUUAUCAGCACUUCUACCGAAGAAAAACAUUUUCCUCCUGUAGUCAUGGUAGUUGCUUGACUUGUUUUAUCUUUAUGAAAGUUGCCAUGACAGUGAAGUUUGUUUGAUAUUGGACAGUGACAUUCCCAUUGGUUUGUACAGCGAAUGUCUGAUUUUUCUUGACAGAGUGGACAUUCUAAUAAAAUUGUAAAGCCAAUGUCUGAUUUUUACAAACCAGUGAGAAUGUCCAGUGUCCACCAAAAUCAGACAUUUGCUGUACAAUCCCAUGGGAAUGUCCAAUGUACAUGUGUCAAGAAAAAUAAGAUAUUUGCUGUACAAAUCAAUGGGAAUGUGAAAUGUCCAAUAUCAAACUAACUUUACUGUCAUAUUGUUAACAAGCUUUUUACAAAUCUUAAACCUAUUGUUAAAACUUUCGGAGGAGUACAUGCCUUGUUACCUACACCUUUUUGUGUGUAUCUAAAACUUAAGCAUAAAUUUAUUCCUUUUUGAAAAAAAGGAAAUCAAAAAACAUUAACUUAUCACACCAGUACUGGGAUUUGCAAUAUACUGUACAUGGAUUGAGCAUAUCCAAUUGAAAUGUUUUCCCAGAAAAGCUGUGAAAAAUGGAAAUAU